GAGAGGAGGGAGAAAGGAAGAGAGAGAAGAAGGCCGGCUAUUUCUGACGAAGCGGUCUCAUUUCUCUCUCCCUUCCGCCUGACUUCCAAAUCCGAACUCUCCGUCUCUUUCUCUCCCGUCGGAUCGGCGCGCCAUAUACACACUUUUCCGCCAAUCCCUCCAUCGGAAUCUGCACGCCCUUUAUUCUACUCACCUCAGGGAGAGAGAGAGAGACGAUAUGGAGAGUUUGAUCUCCUUAGUCAACAAGCUACAGAGGGCUUGUACUGCCCUAGGAGAUCACGGGGACGAGAGCGCGUUACCGACCCUCUGGGACUCGUUGCCGGCAAUAGCAGUUGUCGGAGGCCAGAGUUCUGGUAAGUCUUCAGUGUUGGAGAGCAUUGUUGGGAAGGACUUCUUACCACGUGGAUCUGGAAUUGUUACUAGGAGACCUCUUGUGCUGCAGCUCCAUAAGAUUGAAGAUGGAAGGGAAUAUGCAGAAUUUCUUCACCUCCCAAGGAAGAAGUUUACAGAUUUUGGUCUUGUGAGGAAGGAGAUUGCAGAUGAAACUGAUAGAGAAACCGGGCGUUCUAAGCAGAUCUCUCCUGUUCCAAUUCAUCUUAGUAUUUAUUCUCCUAAUGUUGUUAACUUGACAUUGAUUGAUCUUCCUGGACUUACAAAGGUUGCCGUUGAGGGCCAACCUGAUAGCAUUGUGAUAGACAUUGAAAACAUGGUCCGGUCAUACAUUGAGAAGCCAAAUUGUAUAAUUUUGGCAAUUUCUCCAGCAAACCAAGAUCUUGCCACCUCUGAUGCAAUUAAGAUUUCACGAGAAGUUGAUCCAAAAGGAGAAAGGACAUUUGGGGUGCUGACAAAAAUUGAUCUGAUGGACAAAGGGACUGAUGCAGUUGAUAUAUUAGAAGGCAAAUCAUACAGGCUGCAGUAUCCAUGGAUUGGUGUUGUUAAUCGAUCUCAAGCUGAUAUUAACAAAAACGUUGACAUGAUUGCUGCACGGCGUAGAGAGCGAGAAUAUUUUGCCAAUACUCCUGAAUACAGGCAUCUGGCUCAUAGAAUGGGUUCUGAACAUUUAGCAAAGAUGAUGUCAAAGCACCUGGAAAAUGUUAUCAAGUCUCGCAUCCCUGGUAUUCAGUCUCUUAUUAAUAAGAGUAUUGUGGAGCUGGAAGCAGAGCUAGCUCGUCUUGGAAAGCCAGUUGCUGCAGAUGCUGGUGGAAAACUGUAUAUGAUUAUGGAGAUCUGCCGUGCCUUUGACCAGAUAUACAGGGAACAUCUUGAUGGAGUGCGUCCUGGUGGUGAUAAAGUUUACAAUGUUUUCGACAAUCAGCUUCCUGCUGCACUGAAAAGAUUGCAAUUUGAUAAGCAACUCUCCAUGGAGAAUGUGAGGAAGAUUAUCACUGAAGCUGAUGGUUACCAACCACAUCUAAUUGCUCCUGAACAAGGAUAUCGUCGACUAAUUGAAUCUUCAUUGACAAGUAUUAGAGGUCCUGCAGAAGCUUGUGUUGAUGCGGUCCAUGCAAUAUUAAAGGAAUUGGUUCACAAGGCUAUCAGUGAGACAAUGGAACUAAAACAAUAUCCUACACUGCGCGUGGAAGUAGGAAAUGCUGCUUUUGAUCAAUUGGACAGAUUGCGUGAAGAAAGCCGAAAAGCAACUCUUAAACUAGUUGACAUGGAGUCCAGUUAUCUGACAGUUGAUUUCUUCCGGAAGCUUCCGCAAGAUGUAGAGAAGGGUGGAAAUCCAACACAUUCUAUCUUUGACAGAUACAAUGAUUCCUAUCUCAGACGCAUUGGGUCAACUGUGCUGUCUUAUGUGAACAUGGUAUGCGCUGGCCUGCGCAACUCCAUUCCCAAGUCUAUUGUCUAUUGCCAGGUCCGUGAAGCAAAACGCUCACUGCUUGACCAUUUCUUCACCGAACUUGGUUCCAGAGAUCAAAAGCAACUUGGGAAGCUGUUAGAUGAAGACCCAGCAAUUAUGGAGCGUCGUACAUCUCUUGCUAAAAGGCUGGAGCUUUAUCGGAGUGCUCAAGCAGAGAUUGAUGGUGUUGCUUGGGCCAAGUAGGCAGAUAUAGAAGCGAUUUGGCUGCUGCUGUUGCUGCUGUUUUUUUUUUUAUUUUGAAAGGGGGAAAGAGAGGGUUGGGGGUGGGG